CAUACAGUUUUGCAAAAUUAUCAAACAAAAUCUUAAAUUUGUGGACAAUUUGCAAAACAUACAGUUUAGUCUAUGGCUAUAUCACUCCCCAGAGGCAACAGGACAAUUUUGGACCUUGUGUGAAGAACACAAUAAAGGGUGCUUUAAAGAAGACCAAAGAAACAUGUCAAUGUGCGGUCACUAAGAUCACUUUACGAGGUCACAAAUUUCCCACAUUUACAGGGUACUAGCUGAAUCAGUCUCAUUGCUCUCAAAACAGCUCUCCACCUGCUCCCCAGAGACGUCCUUAUUGUGUUAGAGCAAUAAGAGCUUCACUAACCAUGUGGCAGCUUGAAUGCACCCAUUGGCUGGAGACUGUGAGAACCUCGAGCACACUCCAGACUCACACAUUCAUAUGGAGAUUUGGGAGUAUAAAUAGAGGAGAGGAGGGAGAGAGAGAUCAGAUCUGAUCCUGACGGAGAACUGAACAGAACAGACACAGUCAUGGCACCUACAAUCAGUGAACCAAUGAUCUACACUGCAGGACAAACUUCACUUACACAUAAGCUGAGAAAGCCAAUAGUAGAGAAGAUUCGUCGAGAACGUAUCAACAGCAGCAUUGAGAAGCUCAAGUCUCUUCUGGGCCAAGAGUUCCUGAAACAACAGCCCGACUCCAGACAGGAGAAAGCUGAUAUCUUGGAGAUGACCCUUGAGUUUUUCAGACGACAGCAGCAAUCCCAGAAUCCCUCCACCUGCUCUCCUGCAGUUAAUGAUGGUUACUCCAGAUGUGUACAGGAGUCCAUCAACUUCCUGACUCAGUGUCAAGUGCAGACCGAGUCUCACAGAAGACUCCUGAAGAUCUUCCUCAACAUGAAGCCUUCAACAGAGAAGACGACGACACGUGUCCUGUCCCAGCUCAAUUCAGCGGUCUGUCAGAGCAGCAGCACAGAGAAAACUUCAACUUGCUGUCAACUCUGGAGACCUUGGUAGAGUCACAUGAAGGACACUUUAUGAUUUAUGAAACCGAAUUCAAGAUGCCAGUCUGAGAUUGGCAUGGACUGUAAUUCAAAUGUAGGAAUUGAUUUCCAGCUCUGCUGCAUUGGCAGAAUGUUUAAAUACUUUCAGAGAAAGUCAAAUUGUGUAUGGCAUUAUUGUUUUGUCAGAAUAUUACAUUCGUGAAAUGUAAGAUUUAAUGUAAAGACAUUUGAGUUUCUACAAGCUUUUCACCCAUAUUGGGUUUAUUUGUUCUGCAUCUAUGUUUAAACUGCUUUCAUUUACUGAAAGAAUUUAAUUUACAUUUUUUCAAUUAUUUGAAAUAUGUCUAAUGUUCUCAUUUUAUGUGAGAAAUGUUUCUUCUUUUGAAAGAUAUUUUAUUGUGCGUUGAAAGCACAAGUUUAUUUUGUUUGCAUGUGUUUACAUGACUGGACAUUUUCCCUGUAAAGGGUGGAUGUAUAAACUCACGUGUAGUGAUUUACAUUUCUACUGUCUUCUGUGAAGGCAUUCUGUGUGUGCACUACUUCAUACUGA